UUGUUAUACUUAUUGGUUCAUUGAUUUUCUUUGCCCUUUGUGUUGAGAAAGAUUUUAGUCAAUGGAAAUUGGGUUGGAGUUUCAGACUUCUAACCGCAAUUUAUUCGGGAAUUUUGACAUCUGGAUUAGUGUUGUGACAGCAUGGUGUGUAAGGAAGAAAGGUCCAGUGUAUGCAUCUGCAUUCAGCCCUCUUAACCUUUUGAUUGUGGCUAUUGCUGCUUCCUUGUUGUUAGAUGAGACUCUCUAUGUUGGAAGUGUAAUUGGAGGUGUGCUAAUUGUGGGUGGCUUGUACAUGGUGUUAUGGGCUAAGAGCAAAGAAACUAACUUCAUUGCUCAAGAAUUUGAAAGGUCAACUGAGGUUGUUGUUAUGUCCAAGACAUUAGAUCAUGACUUGGUCACUGAAGCAGCAAUAGCCGAACCAAACAGUAGGAGCAAUUCUAUUAUUACAUAGGUUUAGGAUUAAUUUAGAUUUUUGUUUCAUGAAUUAAAAUUUGGGAAUAAGUUACCAAAGGUUUGAACACGAAAGUUUGAAUCCAUAGAAUGUUGAUGGAGGAGGAAUCAAAGAACAUCAUUAAAGCAAAAAUGAGAUUGAGUCAUACUAUGAAAUAAACGGUGAAGAAAAAAAAUUAGCACACCUCGUGUUAUACUUUAAUGAGUAAUGUUCUUUUAAAAUUGU